AAUACUAUAUAGGUGAUGUAUUCUUCAUACUUCAUCACUUCAGGUGGCCCAGUGCUAAGUAUGAUCAUUUGGUUAAGGUGGUAUCUUCCAUAUCUCUCCAUUGUAAAGUUAUUUUUCCCCUUGGUAAUUGAUAAAUCAUAUGUGGGUUGAUACUUUGGGAUCAGUGAAGAUCCUACUUUCAAACAACUCUUCACCCAACUGUGCAUCAAUGAUAAUCCCUGUCUGAAUCAAUUAUUACAUUGAUAGAUGCAAAAUGACACUUUCCUAAAUCUAUCAUUCCUUUUGCAUUUAUUAGCUGACAUUAUUCUAUAAAGAAGAGCUCCCCCACUUUUCAUUUUGAGUAUCAUUAUGAACUCAUGUGCUUUUUUUUUCAAUUAACUAUGUUAUACCUUAUUAUAAUGAUAAAGUUAUUCUUUCGAAUGUUCCUUUUGUCCAGAUUUGGCCAAGGCGAUCUCUGUUAUUGUUUAACCACACGAUGCUUUUUUAUUACUAGAAUAAUUUCUAAUAUAUUACUACUCACAAAUAGGACAGGAGAAAGGGACUCCAGAAGGUGCGGUCUUAUUCAGACUCUUCUUAGAAGUCUGCCUUCUUCCUGUGUACUCUCAACCCAAAGUGAGGCUUUCGGGUUGGAAGGAGAUAAUUCUGAAUUAAACUACAGAUCAGUGUCACCCAAUUCUAAUCCCUAUUCCCUUUUUUCUAGGCAUACCAUGCCUACUGCCAACCUCAUCCUUCUGUUGGGAACCUCUUUCCUCCUCUAUAUUUAUUUACAACAGUCAAGAGCAGCAAUUGGCCAACCUGCCCCUAUCCAGUUCUGCAGCCCAUAUGCCCCAAGAACUCCUUUUUGCACUGGUCUGUGGUGGCCUUGGCCUACCUCUUCUACCUACUCAAGUAACUCUUUUACCACGAAUUUAAUUACCUGUGUUUCCAUUUAUAGGAUCUUACCUAGCCUUAUGGCCUGCUGCCUCUGCCAAUUUAAAAAUAUUAUUGAGGUUGUUUGUAAGACAGUCAAGCUGUGUUGUGACAGUGAAUGCCUGUCAGACGUCACACGUUGUGUCUUCUCCUGGUUUGGCCUUCUGUAUUCGGUCCGAGUCUUCCCAAACACAGCAGUGGCCGGUCCAGGGUUCUAUGCCAUCAUCAACUUUUAUUCAGCAAUGGAUGCCCACAGAGCCCAAAAGGCAUAUGACCAGAAGCAGCUUUUUCACACAUCUCCAGUGAAGGAGUUGCCAGGCUGCCACCUGCUAAAGAAGAGGAUGUGUCACGCAUACCUGCCGCUGGAAUUUCUCCCCAGGCAGAGUGCAAGGAAAAAUGCUCAACAUCAGGAAUUAAUAAAGCCAUGCAAAUCCAGUCUACAAAAACGUUCACCUCACAGUCUUCAGAACGAUCAUCAGCAAAAAAGUCUACAAAAAUUAAAAAAGCCGUGGAAAACCUGA